UGGAUGUGGGGAUUUCGUUUUAGCGCCUUACAGGCUUUUAAAACGAGGGGAAACACGAUUACAGCUUAAGUUGGGCAUCGACUGGCAGGGAGGCUUUGUGGAAACCGGGUCUCACGCCAGCAGCAGGCGCCUCACGGGUAAGCGGCCUGGCGCGGCCUCCACGCUACCUCAGGUUUCGGCAGAGAGCUUUAGCGUCCCCAGCUGCCCCACACGAGCCUCGCUGAACUACGGCCUGCCGAGAUAGAGUGAAAAACAAACCUUUUCAGGAGGUAGAACCUGAGAUUUCACUGCAAAGCCACGAAACCCUUGGAAAAAAUGGCAGAAACCAGUGGGCAGGAACAGUCAAGAUGGAGAACAACAGUUAUUAUGAGUACAGCUCUCCAGAAUCAUGAAAUUUCUGCAGUUCUACAGAGGCAACAGCACCGUGUUCGAUACUCAGAUUCCGUGGAACCUGGAUCUGUGAUUUUUUCUCUUUCUGGUGUUGCAUUUAUGCUGUCAGACACUCAAGACCUGCUUAUGACAGGGGAAGAACAGUUUUCCCAAAGAAUUCAGAAGUUCAUGAGCAUUCACCGGAACAGCUUUCUGGUUUUGUCAGCUGCUCUUCAUGGCCCAGAAGAAUGGAAUGUUAUGUUGAAGAUUCAGAAAAGAUUCCUGGGCAGUAAUUUACGUAUAAUACCAGUUCAUAACAGUGCUGAAACCGUUAAGUUAAUGCUGACUAUAGCUAAGAUAACUUCCAAGCCACAAGCAAAUGAUAUUCGUUACAAAAUGGCAACGACAAAAGCCCAAAUCAUAGAAAAAAGUCCAGUUUGGAAGAUGCUUCAGGAGUACCAGCUGCAGUGGAAUUGAUUUA